GGAUGCACAGCGCCAGAGUGCCCCGUUCCCAUAGCAACAAAAGAACCGAAAACAGCUUCUCCCGCUAGGACAACGGAGAGAGCCAGGUGAUGGAACCCAUUUACGAUGUCCUCUACUAGCAACACAGUGAUGGCCCUAGAUGACUGUUUCCUCCGUAUUAUAGUGCCAGAAGAUAGUAAGUCAGAAAUCUACACAAGAAGCAGAGGCAGUAAUGAAUCUCCUAGGACCAGUAAGAGCACCAGAAGUAGCAGAAUUAAUGAUUAUAGUAGGUGCAGUAGAGAAUGUGAAAGUGAAAGUUCUCAUGUUAACUAUUCUGAUGAUUUUCUCACUGACUAUUCUGAAUCAGCUGGCAAUAGCAAUUAUUUAGAACUGUCAGGAACCAAACUGAAGAAACUACAGAAGAAGAAAAAUAAGAAAAAUGGUCAGCCAAAAGGAGGCAAGAAGUUGCCACCUAAGAAGAUGCAAUUCCAGAAUAUUUCAUUUUUAAGUACUCAGAAUAAUAUGGUUUCCCAGAAAAAAGAUGCUACGGCUCAACGUAUAUUAUCUGCAAGACUUCACAAAAUUAAAGAGCUGAAAAAUGAACUGUCUGACCUCCGGCAUAAACUAGAAGCAUCAAACUUAGAAAACCAGCUUCUGAAACAGCUUCAGUAUCGGCACUUGAAAGCAAUAGGGAAAUAUGAAAAUGCGGAGAAUAACUUGCCUGAUCUUAUAGCAAAACAUUAUAGUGAGGUAAGAACUCUAAGGGGACUCCUUAGGAAGUCUCAGGAACAGGAGCGAAAUACAUCCAGGAAGCUCAGAGAAGUUGAAGCAGAGCUGUUAAAGACUAAAGAUGACUUGCAAGUGUUGCAGAAACUUUCAGAAGACACGAAUCUUGCAGAGAGAGAGGAACUUACUCAUAGAUUAUCAAUCCUUACAGAAAAAAUGGAAGCCAAUGAUAAGAGAAUACAGGGCUUAGAAAAACAGCUGAAGUUGAACAGUAGCAUCUUUAGUCGUCAAUUGGCAGCUGAGAAUAGGAAGACUGUAGCAGCUCGGACAAUCACAAAGAACUUGCAAAUGGAAAUUAAGUCUCUUCAACAAAAAAUUAAGGAAAAGGAACGAGAAGUUGGUAUAAAAAAUAUCUAUGCAAAUCGGAUGCUUAAAAGUCUACAGGACAAAGCUGAUCCAGUACCUCACAAAAAAGGUGUUAGUUUAAGCAAAUCAGUACAAGUAAAUAAGCAGAAUUUUAAAUCAGCACAGGUUUCACAUCAUCAAAAACAAGGAAUAGUCAAGAGUGCAGCUCUGUGCCUAGAGGAGAAAAAAACAACUGAAGACAGAAAUGGAAAAGUAGAACCCUAUGAAGAUACAAAACAUAAGAUAGAAAUUGAACCAAUCACAAAACCAUCAAAGCAAGAAACUUUUAAUAGAACAUGUAAAGAAUUUUUAAGUGAUGAAAUACAGCUCAUGGAAGAAAAAACUCACUUUGAAUUUAUGGAAAGAAAGAAGAAAAAGAGAGAAGUGCAAGAAAGGAAAGCUGACUUACUGAAAGAAGAACUAGAGAAACUGAUGAAAGCAGGACAAAUUCGACCUACAAAUGAUGUCCCAAUAAGGAAGAAUAAUCAGGAAAAAGUUGUAGCAGAAGAGAAUGAAAGGGAGGAGAGAAAAAGUAAACAACUAAGUGACAAAGGAACAGCAGAUGAUAAAAGUGUAACUCCAACUCAGAACAACAGAACACCCACUAGACUAAAAAAACAGUAUACAUUCACAGAAGCCACUGAAAACUUGCAUCAGGGGCUUCCUGCAUCUGGUCCAGCAUCCAACACAGGCAGCCUCCGCAAGAACAGACAAGCAGGUGGACACCAGAGUGAGAUAGCUGAAUUGAAGGCAAGAAAUUCAUUUGGCAUAUACAAGCCAUCAUUUGGUAAAGUUACCAAAACAAGGCAGAAAGAUGCAGAGGAUGGAAGCUAUGUUCGUACAACGCUAACUGAGAGGAAAAACUCUCUUAUGGAAGAACUCUUUGGACCAAGCUAUGUCUUAAACAACCACUCAACCCAUAACACUAAAGGGCUUGAUAAAGAACAAACAACUGUGGACAAUGAAAGGUUACAUAAUUACACAAGUGAGAUUUCAAACACUGACACUGGUCUGCAAUGUGGAGAUUCUAAAUUUACACUAGGGAAGUCUAAACUAACAACUUCUUCCUCAGACAUAAAAUAGUUUUAAUAUUCAAUUGAUGUACAAGUUAAAUUGUUUAUCUUUAAUCUUGAAAUAUGCAAUAUGUUUAACAUUUGUUGAAAAGCAGUGUGUUGCCUACUAGUUUUGUUUUUUUGCCUUCAUUAUUUCUAAGAUUUCAUUUAAAUCUUAUUCGAAUUUUUACCUGAACCAUUCUGCAGCAAUAAAACUGAAAUGGAAUACUCAGUUACAAGAGAGUAUUUCUCUACAAGUGCCGUGUCCCAAUGCUUAUGCACGCUACUCAAUUGGUUGAACACUGUUGGGCAUAUUAGAAUGUACCAAAAUAAAGAAUAUUAAAACCAUGUUUAUCCUAGCUGCAGUGACAGGCUGUUAAGGUUGGAAAGCAGUUGAAGUUGUCUGGAAGAGUAACACAUUAAAGAAGGACUUGUUCUACAGAACAGUGAAAAGACAAAUAGGAUUGAAAUACUUAUUGGAUUUAUGGGGCAAAAUUCUGCCCCUAUGAAGUCAGUGGGGCAAGGAUUUCACACUUGUUUUAAGUAUUUGUGUAGCUUUUAAAUCUGAGCCCCUAAGUCUAGCAAACCACUUAAGCAGUUUCAUAACUUUAAGCACAAGUAGUCCCAGUGACUUCAUUAUGACUAUUCCUGCUUAAAAUUAUGCAAGUACUUAAGUACUUUAGUGGAUCAGGGCCCAUAUAAAGUGCUUUUUUUAACACUAUAAAAGUAAUCAUACGUAAGCUAUGUUUUUAUCCAAUAGUGGCAUGACUAAAAGCUGAAGGAUUUCAGUGAUCUUGUGUCAGAAUAAAAGAACACAUUAAUUCAAAUUGCUGUGAGUUUAAAGAUGAAAUGCUGGGGACAGAUAGCAGACCUUUAUUGGUGAAAGGUCUUCAGCUCUGGAAUUCAAUCAUCCAUAUCAUCCAGCAAUGCUCAAGCAUGACAGGCAGCUUUUAGGGUAAAAUGCAAGAUCUUUUGCUUCACUCUGGAAUUCCAUGUGAGAUUUUUCAGAUGGCUGAGGUGAUUGAUUUGUUUUUAUAGUCAUUAUUUGGCCCUGAUACAAUAAAAGUUAAAAUUCAGUCCUGAAAUAUCUUCCAAAAUUCAAACAAAAUUAUAUUUUCACCAGUUCCAGAAAGCUCUGAAGCUUCAUUCGUUCCCACUGAAAGUUAGAAUUCUUCAAAGCACCCUAUCCCAACCACUGGACUCAGGUGAUGACAUCUGCACUAUUUUGCCCACUGAAUGUGUUGUUUUGGAAAAGUAGCGGAUGUCCACUUCUCAAAUAGCCUUGCCUUUGUUUACUGUUUUUUUAAAAUCUGUACAGUCACUUAAAGUAGGAUAUUUCAGAUAUGUAGCAAGGGUCAGAAAGGAAAAAAAAAAAUCUGUCUUUGAUUUAAUUUUCAAAAAAGUGUCAAGGACAUUUAAAAACUGUAGCAUGAACAUUAAGUAUCCUGUAAUCACUUUUCAGGGUUAAGAUACCCUGCAUAUGUUCAAAUAAGAGUAAUUUUCUUGGUACUUGAUAGCUUUUUUCCUAAAGAUAAAAUACUUUGCUUAAACUUUGCAGUGAAAAACUUCAAAGAUGGUUGGUAGUGUGAUGAAAAAUGCAUGGGGAAAAAAUAUCUAUGAAAUAUCAAUAUUUCUCAUGUGAUUAUAGCCAUACCCAGCAUAUGGAGCAGUCACAUUCAAAAAAUACUUAAACCAACAACUUUGUUCACAGUUCUCAGAGCCAAAACUUCAUUGCUCUUGCUCUCACAAGGAGUGUGAUUAAAGAAAUCAAUAGGAUUACUUGUGUCAAUAGAGCAAGACCUAGCCUCGUAAGUGUAACCAAAAUAGACAACACAAAUCUACUGCUAAAGUAGCUUUUAUUUUGGAAAAAGAUGCUGCUCCUACUGGUCUUGCUGCUCUUUCACUUCAAAACAAAUGAAAUGCAAGACUUCUGAGCAUCAUCAGAUGCAUCCAGGGGACCUGUGUUAAUAGCAUGGUGAAAAUAAUCUACUUUUAG